UGUGAUUCAGGACUCUGGACUGUAGAGGGCAGCGUUGAGACGUCUGUCUCCUGAGUGGACGGAGGACAGCGACGUUAAAAAGAUGAAAUAACUGUAAACAAAUGUCUCGAGUCUUUCACUUCGUCUCAAACCCGUCUCUGAUUGGUGCGAGAAGGGAUUGACUUCACAAAGCCCCGCCCACUUCCAACCAAAAAGUGACGUCUGGUGUGAUAAGCAGCCAGAGAGAGAGAGUGGACACGCUGGAGGACAUGUGCUGGACUUUGACCUUUGAUCCCUUCAGAACAAACAUGGCGUCUGUCAGUGGACAGACACGGCGUCUCUUUAUCGUACAGAUCCUCAUCGCCUCUCUCCCAGCAUGCACUGGGCUUCCUAAAGUGACCGAUGAAACAAUGUUUGUGAGUCGACCUCAGGCCACCGCCUACUUGCACCGCAGUCGUCGCGCCAACUUCCUGUUUGAGGAGCUGAAGACAGGAAAUCUGGAGCGCGAAUGUCUGGAGGAGAAGUGUUCGUACGAGGAGGCCAAAGAGAUUCUGUCUCUGCCGCAGCAGCUGGAGGCGUUCUGGAGAACAUACACAGCGGUGGAUCACUGCCUGUCGUCGCCGUGUAAGAACGGAGCGACCUGCACUCGACACGUCGACACCUACGUCUGCAAGUGUCCGCCUCGUUUCCAUGGUUACAACUGUGACAAAGUGCGAUCCACGGUGAAAGGCUGUCGCUAUAGAAACGGAGGCUGUGAACAUUUCUGCAGAGAUGAUCCAGAUCAGUCCUUCAUCUGCUUCUGUGCUCAGGGACACAAACUAGACCGGGACAACAGCAGCUGUCUCCCUGAAGACGGUGGCGCCUGUGGGAGACCACAGCUACACUUUGCCCCGCGGGUCGUUAACGGCAAAAUAUGCCCCAAAGGACACUGUCCGUGGCAGGCUCUGCUGACGGAGCGUAACAUUUACACGUGUGGAGCCAUCGUCCUGUCAGAGCUGUGGGUUCUGACCGCGGCUCACUGUGUGUGGAGGAAACCUGCUGCUGUGUUCCACGUCACUGUGGGUGAACACGAUCGUCUGGAGGAGGAGAAGACCGAGCAGCGUCGCCGGGUCCUCAGGGUUCUGGUCCACCCGGGUUAUAAUCAGUCGAGCUCUGACAGCGACCUGGCGCUGAUGAAGCUUCACCGCUCUGUCAAGCUAGGACUGCACGUGGUUCCCGUGUGUCUCCCCGCCCUGAACAGCACCUUCGUGCGGACACUGGCCACUGUCCGCCACUCCACUGUGUCUGGCUGGGGCCGCCUGGCCCAGUUCGGUCCUCCGUCACGGUUCCUGCAGCGCCUGGUGCUACCCAGGGUUCCUCUGCAGGAGUGUCGCCUCCACACCGGCCUGAACAUCACCAGGAACAUGCUGUGUGCCGGCUACAGGACGGGCCACCAGGACGCCUGUGAGGGCGACAGCGGCGGCCCGCUGGUGACCCGCUACAAGAAGACCUGGUUCCUGACGGGCGUGGUGAGCUGGGGAAAAGGCUGCGCCAACCAGAAUAUGUACGGGGUCUACACCAAAGUCAGCAACUUCCUGGAGUGGAUCAGAGACAACAUGUCUACAGGCUGAAGCCGAGCGUCACUGAUCACUUGAUCACAUGAUCACUCACAUUUAAAAUGUCUUUGUUUUCAGAGAGAAACUGAUUUAAAUCACUGAUUAAAAGACUUCGCCCAUUAAAUCUGAUUCACUUUAAGUCUAAGAUGUCUAUGUCACAUGAUCAACACACUCUGCUGCCUCGUGUGGUCACUUUUUGUUUUUAAUAUGAUUCAGCAGGAGCCUGGUGUUAGCCUGGUGACUCGUAUGAGUAAAUAAAAUGAUACAGACUGAUCUAAUGAGAAUAAAACAGAAUGUAUCACA